GCCCUGGCACCUCCGGGGCACCUGCGGGCGGGGAGGGGCCGGCAGCAGGCGGCGAGGGCUCCCGUGAGGGGAAGCGGAGGGGGGGUGCCUGGGGAGGGGGCCCCGCCGCGCAUUGUUCUGGCGGCCCCGCUCCGCCGGGCCUCCGCCCUCCGUCCCUCCUCCGCCUCCCGGCCGUCCCCUCUCCCCUCCCUUCGCCAGGUCCCUCCUUUCCCCGUCAGCCGGCGCUGUAUAAAUCCCCUCCGCCGCCGGGCUCCCCCCCGAUCGCGGCAGACCCUUUGAGUACUUUGGCCCGCGGGGCGGGGAGACGCAGCCGGGACUCCACCGGGACUCGGGAGCCGCCGCCGGGACUCGCCGCUCCUCACCGCGCACCCCCACCCCUUAACCCCCCCUUCCUUCCUUCCUUCCCUCCCUCCCCCCCUCAGCGCCAGCAUGUCGGAGAAACGCGUCGAGGAGGCGCCGGCGGAGCUGAGCGCCAAGGAGAUGAAGGAGAAGAAGGAGAAGGUGGAGGAGAAGGCGGUGCACAAGGAGAAGAAGAAGGAGGUGGUGGAGGAUGAGGAAAAUGGAGCUGAAGAGGAUGAGGAAGAGAAUCCUGAGGAUGUGGAUGAAGAGGAAGGUGGCGAUGAGGAUGACGAAGGAGACGAGAAUGGGCAAGAGCAGGAUGGGCAUGCAGAAAAACGAUCUGCAGAGGAGGAAGAGGAUGAAGUGGAUCCAAAGAGACAGAAGACAGAGAACGGGUCUUCAGCUUGAGUCCUCCUCCCCUUCCAUCUCCUCUGUUCCGUCCAUCUCUCCUCCUCCAUUCCAGCCUGUGCUUGCACUGUCCAUUAGCCUCUGGCUUCACACAAUCUCAGAUGAGGAAAGGUUACAAAUGCUCUCAAACAGGGAAGACAGCAGUUUCCUUCCCACCCGAAGAUCCCAGUCCGUCCACGACAUUCCCCACCUGGAGUUAUUCUGAUCCCCCACAUCCUUCCAGCUGUGCCCCACUCAAAAACAAACCUCUUCCUCAAGAAUCUCAUUGUUUCCCAUUGUGACCCAGUGCAUAACCUUACCAGGCCCAUAUGCCAGGCUUUUCACGUGGCAAGCACCUAUCAUUCCUGUUCACUCGCCCUCCCUUUUUUUCACUAGUAUGAGUGAGAUUCUUGGCAGCUUCUGCUCCCGGGACCUGCUGUCAGAUACUCUCCCUGAGUCCAGGAGGCUGCAGGCACAGAUCUCAUGGUGCAUUUUCCAGUCCUAGGCCUCCUCUCAUCUGCUUUCCCAUUGAACCCUGAGAGACAAAGUAUUACAAGCAAAUAACGGUUCUAUUAAACCAUACACAGAGAUGGGAUUUAUCUUAGGUUUUCUUUUCUUCAAGUUUACAUGACAGACAGCAAGCUGGCCCUCGUGAAUUUUUCAGAAGAUAAGGGUUGUUUUUAUAUAUGAAUUUCAUCAUAACUGCAUAUUUUUUUAAUUUGGAGGCUUUUUUAAAACAGAUCAAGAGAUACGUAAAUUGGGGACCAAACUUUGAUUUCCAUUUUUUCCCUUUAGAUUCUCUUGUGACCAUUUUUUGUAAAUUAAAGGCAAUAUAGCCACAGCAUUUUCUAUGGCACAGACAUCACGAGGAUGAUAGAUAUAAAUAUAUAUAUUGUUUUCAACUAGCACUGUAAAUAAAAGCGUUUAAAAAUAUUUCAAACA